CUGCUGCUCAUCACGUUCCCAUGGUACUGUGAAUCGGUGGACCCUAUUGGUUGGGGUGUUUAUCACCACAUCUGAGAUCAUUAUUCACCACUGAUAAUAUUGAAAUGGAGGACGGUGUUGAUGACAAAACACAGAACAACGACAUAUUGCAGUCAACAUCCACAACAAAUGAUGACAGACUCUCACAAGAACAAGAAGACAGAUCCUUUCUCAGAGAACGCUUUUUACACUUUCUUAAGGGCAUUCAAGGAAAGCGGACACACUUUAAGAUGUACGAGAAGACAGAAGUUGACGCAACAUUCCAACUCUCGGACAUCGAUGGCCAAAACUUCCUGGUGUCCGAUCUGGAAACACCAAUGGGGACACAGCCACAGGCAAUGCUGAGAUGUGCUGACAUCAUUUCCUGUUCUGUGGACAUAGGGACUGGAGAGCACAAGAUGUGAUGACAUCAUUUCCUGUUCUGUGGACAUAGGGACUAGAUAGCACAAGAUGUGAUGACAUCAUUUCCUGUUCUGUGGACAUAGGGAUUGGAGAGCACAAGACAUGAUGACAUCAUUGCCUGUUCUGUGGACAUGGGGACUGGAGAGCACAAGAUGUGAUGACAUCAUUUCCUGUUCUGUGGACAUAGGGACUAGAUAGCACAAGAUGG